CAAAGCAAAAGCACUGUAUUUUUUCCACGUCUCGUAAGUUUUGUCUGAAUGAAGGAGAUUGAAGAGCACAUGUGAUAAAAAAACUUGGUAGAGAAAACGAUUUUCUAUUAAAAAGAAAAAUGUCUGAGAAAAUUCUGAUGCGAAAAAUUAAAAAGAGGGAGGAGACCAAAUUAAUGUUAAUGAAACGUAAACAGAAACAAGAUAAAAGUCGACUAGAUAAUGAAACUAAAAUAAAUAACACAAAUCAACACGUAGAAGAAACAAUUCCUCCAAAAAAAAAAAAGAAAUUAUCUCAAUCAUUAAACUCAAAGGUAACAGAUGUCACCAAAGAAGUCACCGAGAGUUUACCAGGUACAGCUGUAGGUUUCCAAAUUACAAAUGACACCAGUUUCUCAGUAUUGAAUGAGAAAGUAUGCGAACACACAUUAAAAGCUAUAGCAGACAUGGGCUUUACAAAAAUGACAGAAAUUCAAGCAAAAUCAAUUCCUCCUCUUUUGGAAGGAAGAGAUCUGGUGGGGGCUGCUAAAACCGGAUCUGGCAAAACUCUGGCAUUUUUAAUUCCUGCUGUUGAAUUGAUUUACAAGCUGAAGUUUAUGCCUCGUAAUGGUACUGGAUGCAUUAUUAUGUCUCCCACCAGAGAAUUGUCAAUGCAAACUUUUGGUGUCCUGAAAGAAUUAAUGAAAUAUCAUUAUCAUACAUAUGGUUUGUUGAUGGGUGGUGCGAAUAGACAGUCCGAAGCCCAGAAGCUUGGAAAGGGAAUCAAUAUUAUCGUGGCUACACCCGGACGAUUGUUAGAUCAUUUGCAAAACACACCUGAUUUUCUGUACAAGAAUCUCCAGUGUUUAGUGAUUGAUGAAGCUGAUCGUAUUUUGGAUAUUGGAUAUGAAGAAGAGUUGAAGCAAAUUAUUAACAUUCUUCCUAAGCGUCGUCAGACCAUGCUCUUUAGUGCAACACAGACGCCAAAGGUAACAUCGAUAACAACUUUGGCUCUCAAGAAGGAACCUAUAUAUGUGGGAGUGGAUGACAACAAGGAAAUGGCAACUGUGGAUGGUCUACAGCAGGGUUACGUGGCGUGUCCUAGCGAGAAACGAUUUUUACUUCUUUUCACGUUUUUAAAGAAGAACAGGAAGAGGAAGAUAAUGGUUUUCUUCAGUUCUUGCAUGUCUGUGAAAUACCAUCACGAACUGCUAAACUAUAUUGAUUUACCUGUAAUGAGUAUACAUGGCAAACAAAAGCAAACGAAGAGAACCACUACUUUUUACCAAUUUUGCAACGCUUCUACUGGAAUUCUACUUUGCACUGAUGUGGCUGCGAGGGGUUUAGACAUACCUGACGUUGACUGGAUUGUACAAUAUGAUCCACCGGAUGAUCCCAAAGAAUAUAUUCAUCGUGUAGGUCGAACAGCUCGCGGAGAAGGUAGCAGUGGUCAUGCUUUGCUGAUUCUGCGACCAGAGGAGCUAGGUUUCCUUCGUUAUCUCAAGGAAGCUCGCGUACCUGUCAAUGAAUAUGAGUUUUCUUGGAAUAAAAUUGCGGAUAUACAAUUACAGCUAGAGAAGCUAAUAUCAAAGAAUUACUUUUUACACCAAUCAGCGAAGGAAGCGUUUAAAAAUUACGUCAGAGCGUAUGAUUCUCAUCAUUUGAAACAGGUUUUCGAUAUAGAGACCUUAGAUCUGGCGAAAGUUGCCAAAUCAUUUGGAUUUAUUGUACCGCCGGCGGUAGACUUAAAAGUUGGAAUCAGCAAGGCUUCACGACCACGAAAAAGACUUGGUGGAGGUGGUUACGGACAUUACAAAAACCUGAACAAGCCACAAAUGAAGAACGCCAAAACGUUCCGACAUUUUAGCAGAUAAUCAUAACUAUAAUCAUAAUUUGUUCUUUGAUAAAACAUAAUGUUUAUAGCAAAUAAUAAUGAUAAUACAAUGUGCAGAAAUAAAGUACAUGUAAGUCACAUUUCAA